CAAAAUACUAAGUCCUCUAUCACCUCACAAAAUUUGAAACUAAAAUAUAAUUUGUGCAUAGAGAAACAAAAAAGAAAAAACUUUUUAAGGUAUUAGUUGGACCAACUUAUAUAGUUGGAGGGAGUAAAUUGAACCAAAUGUUAGUUUAGAGGGUUAUUUGGACUUUUUUCUAUUAUACACUAUAGAACCCGUCAUGACGAACUCGCCAGAGGGCCCUCAAAAUCCUAGGGCCGGCGCUGCCGCAGCGCGCACUAGUCAGAGGACAGGAGUCGUCCGGAGGUGGUGCCUUGCUGCUUCCUCUUCCUCGUCUCGCCUACCACGAACAGAUCCAUCCAAUACUCCAAUCCAAGCACGCCGCCGAUCCAACCACGAAGCCAUGGACGCCGGAGGCGACUGGCGCGCCCAGCUCCAGCCCGAGCGGCGCAGCAAGAUCGUGAACAAGAUAGUACUGACUCUGAGGAAGCAUCUGCCGGUACAAGUGCCAGAGGGGCAGGGGCUGGUUGAGCUUCAAAGAAUUGCCGUGCGAUUCGAAGACAAGGUGUAUGCUGCAGCCACUACCCAGGCUGAGUACUUACGGAAGAUUUCUCUCAAAUUGCUGUCAAUGUGGAGUUACACAAAUACACAACAGAACCCUGGUCCAGCAGGUAGUAGCACCAAAGGGAAGAAGCAAAAGAAGUUGAGAUGCCAUUUCUGCAAGAAAGGUGGCCAUCUUAAGAAGGAUUGCUUGAAGAGAAAAUUAUGGUUUGAAAAAAAAGGAGUUGCUUAUGAUCCAACCCAUAAGCGGACUAAAGCACAUGAGAAUAAAAAUGAAGGCACCGUAUUGAAGGAAUCAGGAAUUGCAGAGUAAUCCUUGUGUAUGUAUGUAUGUAUGUCACCGUAUUGAAGGAAUCAGGAAUUGCAGAGUAAUCCUUGUGUACGUAUGAUAUCGUGUGUUUUCUAUCCUGCGUGGUUAUCCCAGGAACUGUUUUUUUUUUCUCAGGAUUAGCUUUGGACACUCUUGUUGCUGGUAACCCCAGCGUACUCUGUAUGGUUUGUUUGCCUUAUAAAAGCAGAGUUAAUUCUCGUUGAAAAAAAAAGAAAUCGUGUGUUUAUGAGAAAGUUGGAUGUACUAAGUUUUAAGGUUAUGCAUGUAGAUGAGACAAUACAUAUAUUAUUAUGGUCCCAGUACUUUAA